CGGUGGUGUCAGACGCGUCUCACGGAUGCUCAUCACUGCAGCCUCUUUCCGCGCACCUUGGAUCUAUUGCACUGAUUUCUUUGGGGGGCAGCGGGGGGGAUCACAUGCUGAAAUUGUAUCAUCAUUGACGAUCUCAGCGCUUCAUAGGUGAUCACCUCGAGUAGAGAACAAUCAGCUGCGAUCACAAACCGAUGUUCCCUGGGAUUUUAUUCAGGAUGAAAAAAGGGCAUUCAUGAGGAUUCUCCAGAGAAGCCAACAAACCGCAGAGUAGACCAAUGCUCAUGAACAUUUUCUUCAAGAGUUCACUUAGAAGGCUGGCUCUCAUUUAACAAAUAUUAGAGCACACAACAGACAACAUGGUGCCUCCUGUACUCUGGCUGUGCAUGGCCGUGCUAGUGGCUUCCCAGACACCUGUACAUGUCAAGUGUCCUCAUUUAUGUGUGUGUGAGAUCCGUCCUUGGUUUACCCCCCAGUCGACCUACAAGGAGGCAACAACAGUGGACUGCAAUGACCUGAGGCUGACACGCAUCCCUAUCAACCUUUCCACAGAUACUCAAGUGUUAUUGCUCCAAAGUAACGUCAUCUCUCACACCAUGGGGGAGCUAAAAGCCCUUCUCAACUUGACGGAGUUGGACUUGUCACAGAACAACUUCAGCUCUGUGGAAGCUGUAGGCCUCACAAGCAUGGAUCAUCUUACCACCCUGCAUCUGGAGGAGAACCAGAUCAGCAAGCUACCGGACAACUGUCUAGGAAAUCUCUCCAGCUUGCAGGAGCUCUACAUAAACCAUAACCUUAUAAGUUCCAUCUCUGCUCGAGCAUUUGCAGGUCUGCACAACCUGUUGCGUCUUCACCUCAACUCCAAUAAGCUUCAUGUUAUUGACAGUCGCUGGUUUGAAGAAACACCAAACCUUGAGAUCCUUAUGAUUGGGGAGAACCCGGUCAUUGGCCUAUUGGACUUCAACUUUAAGCCUCUCGGAAGUUUGAGGAGUUUGGUUCUUGCUGGCAUGGAUCUUACCGAUGUUCCUCCAGAUGCAUUUGUAGGAUUGGAUAACCUGGAGAGUAUCUCUUUCUAUGACAACAAACUGGUCAGAAUUCCCCAGUUGGCCCUCCAGAAAGUCCCCAAUUUGAAAUUUUUGGAUUUAAACAAAAAUCCAGUUCACAAAAUCCAGGAAGGUGACUUCCGAAACAUGCUUCACCUAAAAGAGUUGGGUAUCAACAACAUGAUGGAGUUGGUGUCUAUAGAUCGUUAUGCACUGGACAACCUGCCAGAACUGACUAAGCUGGAGGCCACAAACAACCCCAAGCUGUCUUAUAUCCACCGACUGGCCUUCAGAGACAUGUCUUCUCUGGAGAGCCUGAUGCUCAACAACAACGCUCUCACUGCUCUGUACCAGCAUUCGGUGGAGGCCUUGCCGAACCUGCGGGAGAUCAGUCUGCACAGUAACCCUCUACGCUGCGACUGCGUAAUCCAGUGGAUGAGUUCCAACAGGACCUCGGUACGUUUCAUGGAGCCCCUGGCGAUGCUUUGUACUUCUCCGCCAGAAUUCAGGGGCCAGCGUGUUCGAGAGCUAAGACUGCUAGAGUCCCCUGAGCAAUGCAUCCCACUGAUCUGCCAUGACACGUUCCCUGGCCACCUCAACCUAAAUCUUGGCAUGAGUGUCAGCCUGGACUGCAGGGCCAUGGCUGAACCAGAUCCGGAGAUAUACUGGGUGACCCCUCUUGGGAGCAAAAUUACUAAGGACACUGUGUCAGAGCACUACCACCUGAGCAGUGAAGGGACUUUGUGGCUGUCCCAUGUACAGGUGGAGGAUUCUGGACACUACACUUGUGUGGCCCAGAACACUGAAGGGGCUGACACACGGGUUGCCUCCAUUCGAGUGAACGGCACCCUGCUUGACAGUGCUCAGGUGAUGAGGAUCUAUGUCAAGCAGACCGAGUCACACUCCAUCCUUGUGUCUUGGAAAGUCAACUCCAACGUCAUGUCUUCAAACAUAAAAUGGGCCUCAGCCACCAUGAAGAUUGACAACCCGCGCAUCACUUACACUGCUCGCGUACCCGUCGACGUUCACGAAUACAACCUCACUCAUCUUCAACCUGCCACAGAGUAUGAGGUAUGUCUGACGGUCUCCAAUAUCCACCUGACGACGCACAAGUCUUGCGUAAAUGUAACAACCCGUGGCUCGCCAUUUGCCCUGAACCUGUCAGAGCAGCACCCGAGCGCUGCAGUGCUCGCUGUCAUGGCAACCGCACUGGCAUUCCUCAGUCUGGCUACCGUAGGCGUGUACACGGCUCGUAGAUGGAAGAGGAAGAACUAUCACCACUCCUUGAAGAAAUACAUGUUAAAGACGUCCUCCAUCCCUCUCAAUGAGCUUUACCCGCCGCUAAUCAACCUGUGGGAGGCUGACGGGGAGAAGGACAAAGAUGGCAGCACGGAGGGAAAACCUUCACCUGUGGAUACCACACGUAGCUACUAUAUGUGGUGAGUAUGUAGCGAGGAGACGUCUCCAGCAGCACAAACAGACAAGGAACUUUUGCCAUUUUUGGUGCAAAAGUCAUAUAAAGUUGUAAUGUUGGCUUUGCUAAUAAGUAGCAGAGUGAACAAGGACAGAAUUUGUAUUAGUAUAGCGUAUCGCAUUUCUUUGAUUCUUUACAUUUCUUGUUUUGGUCUUCAAAACAGCAACUGUAUCUAGAUUCCUUGUAACUUUAGUUGCUAUGCUGUAUCUGUGGUGCAUUUCUAACUCACUUCUUUUGGGGUUAAUAAUACUGCAGCAGGGGGCAGCAUUUGCAAAGAUAAGUCUUUCUGUUUUGUGGAACAGGUGGACUGUGCACUGAUAGGUGUUGGAGUUUGUGCGAACUUGAACAAAUUGAAGCGACAGCCAGUUUUAGACUUGUUACACUGUCUACUGAAUGUUGGCAACCGUGCAGUAAUGUUGUAUCAACUAUACCUUUACACUUUGUCAUUUAAAAUUUAAUAGCAUUUUAGUUUGUAGAUAAAUGUGAUGUUACAUGCUAGAAACACAAAUGUUGCUAAAAAAAAAAAAACUUUUAUUUUUUUUCAAACCAUGAACAUUAGAAUGUUUUUGCUCUCUUCCUCAUAAAUAACAUGAGGAUGUACUUUUUUUUGCUAGGAUUUUCGCUGAUUGGUUAGUAUUUUCACAUGUGCUGUUAUCUUGACAAUGUCAACAUAAAUACUUUUCUG